AUGGCGCCGCUGAGCGACCUCUACCAGCUCACCAUGGCCUACGGGCACUGGCGGGCGGGGCGGCACCGCGCCCCCGCCGCCGCCGAGCUCUUCUUCCGCCGCGGGCCCUUCCGCGGGGGCUUCGCGCUGAGCGCCGGUCUGGCCGAGGGGCUGCGCUGCCUCCGCGCCUUCCGCUUCUCCGCCGCCGAUGUCGCCUACCUGCGCUCCGUCCUGCCCAGCACCACGGAGGACGCCUUCUUCGAUUACCUGGCCACUCUGGAUGCCUCGGAGGUGACAGUGUCCGCCGUGCCGGAGGGCUCCGUCGUCUUUGCCAGGGUCCCGUUCCUGCAGGUGAAGGGGCCACUGCUGGUGGUGCAGCUGCUGGAGACCACGUUGCUGUGCCUGGUCAGCUAUGCCAGCCUGGUGGCCACGAACGCCGCUCGCUUCCGACUCCUUGCUGGCCCAGACAUGAAGCUGAUGGAGAUCGGGCUCCGUCGCGCUCAAGGGCCGGACGGUGCCCUUUCAGCCUCCAAGUACUCCUACAUCGGGGGCUUUGACUACACCAGUAACGUCCUGGCGGGGAAGCUCUACGGCAUCCCAGUGCGCGGCACCAUCGCUCACUCCUUCAUCAUGUCCUUCACCUCGCUGGAGGAAGUGCAGCCCCGGGAGCUGCCACCGCUGGCGGGAGGAGAACCAGUGGAUCUCCCAGCCCUGGCCGAGUCGUGGCUGCGGCGGGUGUGUGAGCUGCUGCAGACCCCCCCUGAGAAGGCGAACCGCGGUGAGCUGGCCGCCUUCGUGUCCUACGCCAUCACCUUCCCGCAGGACUUCCAGGGGCUGCUGGACACAUACUGCGUCAGGAGGAGCGGCUUGCCGAACUUCUGUGCCGUGGCGCUGGCCCUGCACCAACUGGGGUACCGGGCCGUCGGGGUGCGCCUGGACAGCGGGGACCUGGCCCGGCAGUCCAAGGAGAUCCGCCAAGUGCUCCGAGCCUGCGGUGCUCACUUCCAGGUGCCCUGGUUUGAGACCAUCCGCAUCGCUGUCAGCAACGACAUCAGCGAGCAGAGCCUGGAGGAGUUCAGCCGGGAGGGGAGUGAGAUCGACAUGAUUGGUGUUGGGACGAACCUGGUGACGUGUCCCCUGCAGCCGUCGCUGGGCUGUGUUUACAAGCUGGUGGAGGUCAAUGGCUCCCCAUGCCUGAAGCUCACAGAAGACGAGGAGAAGAUGACAAUCCCAGGGACUAAGAUGAUCUAUCGGCUCUAUGAUGCUGCUGGUCACCCCUUCAUGGACCUGAUGGCCCUGGAGGAGGAGCCCUCGCCCAGCGCAGGGCAGGAACUGGCGGUCCGUGUCCUGGGGCGGCUUGGUGAGACCAGCAAGGUCAUGCCCACCACCGUGGAGCCUCUCCAUCGCACGUACUUCAGAGGUGGCCAGGUGUGUGAGCCGCUGCCCAGCCUGCCGGAGGUGAGGAGCCAUGCGCAGGCAUCCCUCAGCCUCCUCAGCCCCGCUCACCGCCGGCUCCGUGAGCCCCAGCCAUACCCGGUGGCUGUGACGGAGAAGCUGCACCACCUACUUGCUGAGCUGCGGCAGGCCAGCCACUGAGGGGGUCCCCACUUGCCCCCCGUGGUUUGCCAACCCAUGCAAGGCACAGCCCUUGCCUGGGGCCGGCUCUUCCUCUGUGCUCUUCUGAAGACCAGGUGACUAAUUGGGAAUUAAUGGUUCUAAUGACAUUGCUGCUGCUUGGUGCUAAUCUGAGGACCCUGCAGGAACUGGAAGAGCACCCUGAGGUCCCAGUAGCAAAGCUGGGCACAGAGGGAUGGGGUAGGCAGAGCUGGGAGCCAGCUGCUCCUGCAUCCUCUGGAAGUGACGGUCCUUCCCUGCCCACCUGGGUGGCCCUGCCAGCCCUGCACCUUCUGCCAUGGCAAUGCUGCCAACCUCGGUGGCCCUGCCAAACCCUGUGCCUUCUGCUGGGGCAGCGCUGCCUGCCUCGGUGGCCCUGCCAACCCUGCACCUUCUGUGGUGGCAACCCAUGCUGAAGCUCCUCCGUGGCACUAGAGACCAAGUCUUGAGUGCACAAGAAGGGGUCCUACCAGGGGAAGGGCCAGCCUGUCCCCCAACCCACGUCCUAGGGGACAUCCGUGGCACAUGCACUUUGCGCUUCCUAUUCCAGGCUUGCCACAUUUUAUCUCUUUCCAUUUUGUAUGCGUUCCCUGGGGUGUGGAGGCUGGCUCCAGGUUGAGACCAGCUCCAGGUUGAUGCCAGCACUCUCUAACCUGAUGUUCAUAGAGAAGGUGUAGCACUAAUCCCUGCGAGAUUAACUUCAUCCUAAGCAAAAAAACAAA